AUGUCCACUGCAAAACGAUUGGUGGCGACACUUCGAGGUCAAAAGAACUCUACACAGUGUGGAGAGACGACUGGGUGCAAUUCAUCAUCCAGCACUCGGCUUUUCAGUUCUAAUCCUAGAGGUUCGAUAUUCAAUAAUAGCAACUCGAAUAACGAGUUGGACGAGAUAGCAAUAGUGUCCAAUGCAGAACCCUGUCAAGUCAAAUAUGGAAGUGGACCUCUGCAGUCAACUGCAAACGGGCCUAGAUUGGUGCCUGGUAUUAUCACUAGUCAAGGACGUAUGAUAGGAGAGCGGUUGAGUGCAUCGGGUACGCGACUCAAUUCUGGUAGUCCAGUACAAUAUACGGAAACGGGGGGUCGAAGAACCUCGAGAUCUGUUUCAAAACAAAGUUUGCUAGAUUUGGUCAGUUGCAAGUUGGGAAAAAGCAAACAAAAUCAGCGUUAUUUUUCAACUUCAAGAGAUAGUUUAACUGCAGCUUAUAGAACUACUGCCGUUAGUUCGACUGCAAGUGAGUUGGAUUUGAGAAAAAAAGCUAGAAAAAAAGAUCUUCGUGGAAGGCUCAAGUUACCGCCGAGUGUCGUUCUUCUGCCGGCUUGUGGAAGCGAACCAUUGUUAAGAAGCAAAAACUGGAGCGAAAAGGGGAGCUCGGGUGGAGGAGGAAAUUUAAGUGUACAAAAACAAGAAAAGGGAAAUUUAACUCCAACUGAAAGCGACAGACUUUUAAGGUCACACAUGAGGCUACAUGUCGCUGCGCCAAAUUGGUCUUUUGUAUUUGACCCAGCGGGUCGGUUGUGCUACUACUGGUCUAUUAUAGUAUCAUUAGCUUUUUUGUAUAACUUUUGGGUCAUUAUAUACAGAUUCGCGUUUCAAGAAAUUAAUCGUGAAACAAUAGUUUUGUGGUUUUGCUUAGACUACAUGUCAGAUUUGUUGUAUUUAAUAGACAUUGUGUUUCACUUUCGAACGGGUUAUCUCGAAGAUGGGGUUCUGCAAACGGAUGCUGCCAAACUUCGAAAUCAUUACAUGAAUUCGACAACUUUUUACAUAGACUGUCUCUGUUUGCUCCCUUUAGAUUUUUUAUAUCUUUCCAUCGGUUUCAAUUCGAUUUUAAGAACAUUUCGCCU